AUGGCAAAAAAUAUUGGUGAUGCGAGCAUAUUGUUCUUGUACAUUGUCAUUCAUUAUGGCUUUAUGUUCUUUGGUAACUACAUUGGUCAAGAACUAAUAAAUUACAGCAACGAUAUAUUUAAGAAAAUAUGUAACACUCGGUGGUAUGCGGCUCCAUUGAACAUACAAAAAUGCCUCAUGAUAAUAACAUACCGAAGUAUAAAGACUUCGGCACUAACGAUGUGCUUUGAUCUAUUCUCGCCAUCUUUGGAAGGUUUCGCUACGCUUGUCAGCUCAUCGUUAUCAUACUUUAUGGUCAUUUAUUCUAUAAAUCGAUAA